AUGGAUAAGGAAUCUGCAAAACUGGAGUCAACUGGCUGGGACGGUCCCAAUGACCCCGAGAAUCCGCUUAACUGGUCGUCUUGCAAAAGAAACCUACACAUCAUAAUCGUGAGCCUCUUGACCCUUAAUGCAAACCUGGCUGCCACCAUGUUUGCCCCCGGCGCAGAACAACUGGCGAAAGAGUUCGGAGUCACCGAUUCAACUAUUGAGGCCAUGACAGUCAGCCUCUACGUCCUUGGAUUUGCCUUUGGCCCUCUCCUCUUCGCGCCUCUGUCAGAGCUAUACGGGCGCCUUAUUCUGUACCACAUCUGCAACACUGUCUAUUUUGCGUUCACGGCAGGCUGCGCUUUCAGCACUAAUGUCGAUAUGUUCCUGGUCUUUCGGUUUAUAUGCGGUUGUGCCGCAUCAGGCCCUAUGACUAUUGGAGGUGGUACGGUUGCGGAUGUCACCCCUCCCCAGAAAAGAGGAAAGGCCAUGGCGUUAUUCGCCAUGGGCCCAAUCCUCGGACCCGUGCUGGGACCAAUCAUCGGAGGGUUUGUGUCUCAAUACGCAGGCUGGCGCUGGACACUCCGGAUCAUUCUGAUAUUGUCCGGAGCCAUUGGUAUCGCCGCCGGCGUCUUUAUGCGUGAGACGAGCGCGGCUGUCUUGCUGAAUCGGAAAGCAGGCCGGGCGUGCAAAGAGGCUGGGAACGCCAGGAUAGCCGAGCCCAAAAGGGAACAACAAGACUCGCCCUCCCGAAUGCUGUUGCAUGCCCUUACACGUCCCGUGAAGCUGUUGAUCUUCUCGCCGAUCGUCCUGCUUAUCUCGCUAUACACUGGGAUUAUUUUCGGCCUCAUCUUCUUACUUUUCACCACGUUCCCUUCGGUAUUUCAAGGGGUGUACGGUUUCGACGCCGGAACUUCGGGAUUGGCCUACCUUGGCCUAGGGCUGGGCAUGUUGCUCGGUCUGAUUGUCUUCUCCAUCCUUAGCGAUAAGGUUCUUGGACAGACACAAGGCGGAGGCACAGCGCAGCCUGAACAGCGCCUUAUCUUGAUGAAGUGGCUUGGUCCUAUCGCCCCAUUGGGAUGCUUCAUGUACGGCUGGACCGCACAGUACCACACACACUGGAUAGUGCCAAUAAUAGGAACAUUUAUAAUUGGCUUUGGCUCUUUAUUCGUCGUCAUCCCAGGCCAGAUCUAUCUCGUCGAUGCCUUCGGGUCGGCAGCGGCGGCGUCCGCCCUCGCAGCCAGCCUCCUCAUCCGAUCCCCUUUUGGUGCCUUUCUGGAUCUUGCUGCCGCGCCUCUGUAUGAUACUCUGGGACUGGGCUGGGGAAAUAGUGUGCUGGGAUUUAUCACGCUGUCGUUCAUGCCAGUGCCGUGGCUGUUUUACCGCUACGGCGAAGCUUUGAGGACUCGUUUUGCAGUUGACAAGUACAUGUAG